ACACGUCUUGCCUUUGUCGUCCUUCUCCGCGAAGUGACCGCCCAGGUACAUCUUGUAGCCCUGAAUUCCGACGUAGAAAUCGUCGCUGAAAAACGACUUCGCCUUGCCCUCCACAGCCUGCUCCUUCAGCUUGUAAAAAUACUUGACCUGCCAGACGAACUUGCUGGAACGGAACUUAUCUUCGAUGCUGUCGAUUCUUCCUUUCAGGUAGCCCUGGAUCUUUUCGAUUUUUCCGACGAUCCUUUUGCUGGCAAUGGCAGAGUCCUCGCGCAUUUUCUUCAUCUCGCUCUUCACCGUUUCCUGGAAAGAGUUGACGGUGCUGCGGAUCACCUCAAACUCGGCGAAGCUCUCUUUGAAAGACUUGACCUCGCGACAGACAUCGUCCAGUUUCUCGCGGACUUCGCUGAUCUGGCAAGCCUCCGCGUUGGUGUACAUGGCCACGUCGUCCCUGGCGAAGCCGGCAACCGCGGACCCUUCGCCGGCCUCUUGCUGCUGAAGAUUCCUCUGACAUUCGGUCUUGAGAUGCGUCGCCACGUCCUGAUGCUUGAGCUCUUUCAUGCAGAUGCCGCACUGGACGCCGUGAUAGCCGCAAGUGCUGACGUGCUCCUUGAGACUAUUCAGAGGCCCGAUGUGGUCGCAUCCGUUUCCCUUGUUCGGACAAGCCACCUUGAAGCCCUGCAAGAUCUCUGCAGAUGUCGUGUCGUGGUAGAGCUGAUCCGGGAGGCUCUUGGUGUUAUCCACGGGGCAGGUGAAUGCGUCGUCCUCCUUCAGUUUGGAGAAGCACUUUGGGCAGAAGAAAUGCGAGCAUUUGGUCAGGUACAGUUCCGAGGGCACGGCGCCGCAGAGAGAACAGAUGCGGUAGAUGGGAACUUCCUCUUGGAACUCUAUGCUAGUGUAUUCCCCAACGAAGGGAAAGCCGGUCAGAUAGCGCUGGCAAGUCGUCAUCGCCAACGGUCGCAGGCCGUGUAGAACAUAUGAUGCAGGUGGCUUCGAAAUGCACGAGGACGCACGGGCGAUUACGCGCGGGUCAUGCAGGCCCAGUGCAAGCGUGCCAGUAGUGGCUCUAGUUUGGCCGUCACAUAUUUGAUGACAACAUUGUCAUUUUCUUACGAGGCGAUCAGUAACGCGUGACAAGGCCGGAAUCGUAAUCGUAAAUUACUCGGGACUACGGCGGUCGCCGUAAAUGUUUCGGGAACUUGAAUUCUUUUGACUGAUAUAGCUUCGUCCAGGCAUGGCGUUGUCAUCAUCCAGCAACAUGGGUCGUUCAAACAUUUGCUGCUGGACGUUAUAUCAAGAAUUUAAAGAAGUCAGCCCAAAUGCAAAUGAACAACCUGCUGCUGCAAGAAUUACUGCAAGGCAGUGCACACGAGGAAUGUCUAUCGAAGAGACGAAAGAAUAUUUUGCUGUUCGGGAUGGAGCCAUUGAAAAGGCUGCAGAGCAGUGUAACCCUGUCCUAUUGCAACACUUAGACGGUGAACUCAGAGGAGUAUGGCUUCUAACACAAAUUGACCAUUGGGACACAGAAAAAGAACGCCUCUUGUUUCUGACGGACUUCAGCCUGAUCAUACUGAAGUAUGACUUUAUCACACUGAAGUUGCUCGACUAUCAACGUCUGCACCUCAAGAGUUUUGACAAAGUCCAGGUUGGGCCGCUCACAUAUCCAGAAAAGUCCAUUAUGCCUCCACGUAACCAGGAUGGGAUUCGUUGUAUCUGGGACAACAAUGCCACAAUACCUUUUGUCAAAGAAUGGAACCCGUGGUGUCGUGACAUACCGUGGGUCACCUUCACGGCGCACCACCUGUGGGACACUCCAAGCCCAUCCGAUUACUACGACGUGCACUGCUUCUCGGACUCUCUCGUCGCUGCCGUGAUCCAGCUGGACCUCGCCGUGGCGCCCCCCACCGACAUUGUUCGUACGCACCACUGCGUCGUGGCCCAGGAGCCCGUCCUCAUACGCAGCUAUGCCGGAGUGGCAGCAGCAUUCCACAAUGCGAACAACCUCGGCUUUUUCAAGGCGCGGGGAAAAGUCAGUUUCUGAUCUCCACGACGAACCCGCUUAGUUAUAUUUGAUUAUAGGUUAGAAUGUAACUUCUAACUUGCGCUGCCGAAAGGAAGCCCGCGACACACUCCCUUUUGCUCUUGAAGCUGAGCCGUUGUAUACUACCGAAACUAAAAAAAAAAAUUAUUCUAUAACCCAGGUCAAAAGCUCACGAAAGUGGCACGACUCGAAUUGCGGGUAAUAUAUGAGUAGGGCCUGACUUUUUAGGGUUAAACCCGUAUCCGCCCGGUAUUUUACCCCCCGAACGAAAUCCGUAAAAUUCGGGUUUAACCCGAAUCUACCCGAAAACAUCCGGGUCGCAUGGCACACUCGUAAGCGUGCAUUACAAUAAAGUUUGAUGACAUUGCUAAACAUUAGUUCCAUGUUAAGACAAAUUUUUAUUAAACAGAAAAAAAAAUCACCCGAAUACACCCGAAUUCCUGACGACAGAAUCUGCCGUAACGGGAUUUAACCCGAAUACACCCGAAUUUUCGAAUGAAAAAUCUCACCCGAUAUUUACCCCCCGAAUUUGGCCAAAAAUAAAACCCGAAAAAGUCAGGCAUUAUAAAUAUGAGAUACCAAAGAUGUAGGAAUAUUGACGAUACGCGAUUCAGUUGCAUUACCAUAUUUUACUUUCUCUGCAUAUUGAAUGGGAGCCUAUAGGGCUUCGUUUUAUAAUUGAUAUGCAACCUUUGUGCCUAUGUUUAGGUAACCAUCUCGUUAUUUUAUUAUUAUAUGGUGCUUUCAGCACUGUACAUCCUGCUGUUAGGGUUACCAUUCAAUGGAAGGAACAGUUCACAGACUGUAUCUACUAUGUUGUUCUUAUUAACAAUGUCCUGGACACUACUGCUACCACAUUUAAACUGGCACCCUACCAGCACUGUUGUUGUGCUUCACUGUUGUACUGGCCAAUGUCGAGCCGUUGUUGCCGUUGGAUGCCGCCAAUCUUUGCGUCCUGGGGGCCCCUAUUCGUUUUCGUAGCGUUUUUCUUCUCAACUGUAGUGUUGUGUGAACUAAUUUUGUUUGAAUUGUACCAAUUGAAACAUCGACUUUCAUUUGAGAGCAAGCAGUUUUUGCAUUUUAGUGCCCCUUUAAGCAUUUUAAGGUGACAAGUGGCAUCUAUAUCUGGGCGGUCAUUUUUAAGUCCAGUACAAUGAAAAACUCCAGUGGGCUGCUUCUGUGAAAGAGGAGAUUUUAUGUGGUAACCUAGUCAUGCAGCAGCAUUGAACGGGAUGCAGUGUUGUAAGAGCUUGUAUACUGCAGGGUUCUUAGAAUAGGAAAUAUGCAAAUUUUGGUCUGUACUAGUCUUUAUUUGAAGUCUUGUCUGCCUCUAAAUAUUACAGUAUUAAAACUAUGUCAAAUUUUAACUAUGUAACUGUUAACUAUGUAACUGUUAAGCAAAGCGUAAACCAAUUGUUACUGUUUGGUGGUUUACAGAUUUACAGAUUUCAAUGUUAAUGUUGUGCCCCCUCUUGGAUACCAGAAACAUACAUGCCUUUUUGACAGAUAAACAUUUUUGGUAUGUUACGAUAUGCAUAUGAAAGCUAGUUGUUGGACCUGUCACCAGGCAGUGGAUCCGGACCCCCAGUUUGGGGGGGGCGGUCUCUUUGUCGAAGAGCGUAGUGGGGGAGGGGAGAGAGGGAAAUUCAAUAUGGUAAGCUGACGGUCUUGGGGGGCGAUCCCCCCCUUCCUGGGUCCACCAUGGCCUGUCACAGUGUAGUGAGUGUGCCGCCAAGCGGGUCUAAGUGUGACAGGAGUGUUGCACUUAUUCUCCCUCACUCCUCUCCUGUCCUUCCCUUUUUGUCCUUAUUCCCCAAUAUCUCCUGCCCAGGCAGGAUCAUACUUGCGGAGAUUAUAUUUCAGAACCAGCUAAUGAUUGUGAUAGGCAAGCAUAUCAGAUGGGUGUUCCGUUGUCUUGUGAUAUGUACCGACAUUAUAUAAUUUUUUUUCUUUGCACGUAUUUACAUAUUGUGUUCCGUAUAUUUGUGCAUGUGUAACUCUUCAUGUCAGAAGUGCCUUAAAUGAGGCACUGUAACAGUCUGUUGCAUGUCAGUGUGACAAGAAUGAGGCUAUAACAACAUGUUGCUUGUUGGCACUAAUGGUGUUUUGAAAAAGAACAACUAGGCUGUGCCGCAACAGGAGCAUAAACAAUGUUUCUUUCUUUCGUUUUUUUAGGUUUGAAACCUUCAGAUUUUGAUGGUGAGCUUAAGUGCAUUGUAUGCAUACUACCUAUUGAUAGCACUCAUAUCCAGCAAAUAUUUUUCUGAUCGUGGCACCUGACAAAACAUGGUUUGUCAGGCCUCUGCUUUUUAGGUUCCCUGGAUGCCGCUAUGCCAAUGUUCCCUAUCGCUAUGUUAGUGUACAUAUAAAGUACAUUGAUCUAGUACUUUGACUGUACUCUAAACAAAGAAUGAAAGUAAACUUUAGAAUCUAGUCCUUUUCUCGUGAACAGUAUUCUCUAUCUUAAGAGCUCUCGAAAUGGGAUGAGGGCAGUGAUUUCGCCAACUUGUUCCAUACGUCGUUUCAAAUUUUUAAAAGAACCAUAUGAAUAUGUGUAACCUCACUGCAUACUGUUUGCAGUAAUAUUGCACACAAGUAUCAGUGUUCAAGAUUUUCAACAUGUAUUACCCAAGCUUGCAAGAAUGUUUUCAUGUUUGACACUUCAGAGGAGUGCUUCUUUUUACCACUCACUUUUCGUACUUACCAAUAAAUGGGUAUUUGAUGUUCAAAGUGACAAACAGUUGCAGUUCUUAAGCUCAGCUACACGAUGGAUUUUAGUGGCUGUUUAAAUCUAUGCUGAAAGGACUUGCAAAAGCUAAGAUAGGAUUUUAAAUGUAAUUUAGGUUUGCAAUACUAUUCCAAUUUUCUCUGGCCUGCAAGGAUGCAGUUCUAUCUGUGGUUUCAAAAUUUUUAAUUCAAGUUUGCAUAGCAGUGUUCAAAAUCGACAUUGUGUGUGAUAAAGGUAUUGUGCUGUACAUAAGAUUGUACGGUUGAAAUAACCGUGCAUGAGUGUGCUAUUUUGUGCGAUGACCUAAUCUUUCUAAUAGAUCUGCAACAAAUUGGAGGUUAAAAAUGUGUAGCGCAUGGUGGAAUGAAGACUUGAAAAUCUUGUACAUAGUUGGUAACUGGGGGGUCUUUGAAGUUACAGAUGUAGCAUGUCAACUUGUGCUCCUGUAUUACGAGCAUUAUGCACACAGCUGGGUCAUUUAAGCUUCUUCAGGUUGCAACAGCUCAGUGCAAUUCCUAAAAGUCUGGCAUUUACCCAACUGCAAAGAGUAGCAUAAACUGCAACCAUUGACCAAAAGUGAUCAUAUUAUGCUGGGAAUAUUUUAUACUUCAAAUUAUUGUAAUGCUUGCUCUGUGUGGGGCAGGUAUCACACGUGGUACCACCAUCGGUGUCCCUGCGUCCCUUCCGACCCCGUUUUGCUGUCACUGCUGUACUUGCAUAAUGGGCAAUACGUGGCUGUCAUCGUGCUUAGAAAUUUUUCCACACAUUACUAGUCUAAGAAUCUCAGUGUCCGCUAGACAUUUGGCACGGGGAGAUGCCUUUCUUUCCCUAUCUCUCCAGUAUGGCAUAUUUUUCCUAUAUGUCAUACCAUUGUAUAUAGGAAUGUAAGCUGGAGUAAGAAAUAUUGUGACAUCGCAGGGUUGUAACAUUUCUCCUCCGAGAUGUUUUCAGAAAGGUUUUGCUUCACACUGUUACGUAUCUAAUUUUUAUCCUUCAAAGCCACAGCUAUUUUUCUCUCAAGUUGUAACCAUGCAUUUUUUGCCCAAGAAAAAGACUUUCUGUUUGUUAUACGUAACCUUGAAGCUUAGGGCAACAAUAGUUCUGUACAUUGUAAUGUCGGUGUGUCAGUAUAAAUCUUUUGUCAUUACGGGGAUACAAUAAAGCAGUCGCCUUUUACGUGA